UGUAAUCAAAAAUUCUUAACCUCUCGCUUUAGUAAAAAUAAAAUAGGGGUUGUAGUUGAGUCGAUGAAGCUGCAUGGUUACAAAUUUUCACGAAGCAGGACAUACUGUUCUCGUCGGAAACGCGACACGGCGACGCUGGGGGAUGCAGUAUGUAGUGGCGUGGGAAUCAAGGUAGCUUGACGACAAAUGUAUUCCAUGACAUGGCCUGUCCGUCUCCUCGGUCUGGAGGCCCCGCCCACCACCGCGCUACGGCCGCGUCCUACUGCGGUCACCGCGGUUUGAUCAAGCCCCCCUCCCUCCCCCUCUGUCCCUCCCUCGGCGGAGGGCUUUGAGGCCCUCCUCUGGCCGAACCGCAGCAGUUGAGCGCUCAUCCGAGCGGAGUUUGAUGACUGCCGUAGCCGAGCCAUCACUCGGGGAGGGAGCGCCCUCUACGACGCCCCGCCCGCCCUAGGGCCCGCCCCCGCCACACUCCGGGGCCGUAACUAGCCGUGACUCCCCCGCGGACCGCGCCGCACGAGCCACCCCCCACCCCGUCGAGGACACUACGCUAUGGUCCUGGGCCUCCUAAGUCGCGUCCCGGGCACCCGCGCCCUUUGCGGAUGUGCCCAUGUGAGGUUGGUUUCUGCCUCCGUCCGUGCCGACACUAGAGGGAGAGCCCCCCUUCUUCCUGGCCUGAAACGGGUUUGCCCGCACAGCGACUUCCCCCCGCCCGUCCCCUUGCUGUUCCGGCCGGGGUCCUCAUUGCCGCCCAGCUAUUCUGGCGCGGCGCAGGACGCGGACAGUAAAUCUUCUCCCGGCGUCUGCCUGUACAGCGGGAGCAUAUGCAACGUAAACGCCGCUUUCACCACCCCCCUCCCCCCUCCCCCCUCCUCCUUCCUCUUCUCCCUCCUGAGUGACGGACGUUCAGCAGCGGGAAUACUGCCCUGCCCGCCCUGUCAAUCGAUCGGGACGACGCCUUGUUUGUUUGGGUUUUCGCGAGUCAAUCUCGAGACGGCAUAACUAGCGGUGGCGCGUCUGUAGGUGACUAGCCAUGAUGCUGGAGAAACAGCUCCUCCGCGUGCGCGCCGCCCUCAACGGCCGCUUCCACUGCGGCCGCGUACGGCCCCGCGGCCCGGCCGCGUGCCAGCGCAAAGGGAGCUGGGGCCGCAGCGCGUCGCGCCACAGCGGCGAUUCGGAGCCGGGGCCGGGCGACGCGGAGGAGGCGACGGGGGACCCGACGACGCCGACCGGCUCCAAGUCCGGGUCCGGCACCGAGGGGGACGCUGCCGAUGAGCAGGGCCCGCCGCCGUCCGCUCGACCGAGCAGGGCGGGCUCCCAGGGCGCGGCCAGGGGCGCCGCCGGCGCCGCCAAGACCGGCGCGCAGACGCCGACGGGGACCCGGCCGCCGCUGGACGCGGUCCUGAGGCUGAAGCAGGGGGUCGCCGUCGAGGACAUGGCGGCCGAGACCAACGAAGACGAGUCGGCGACGAGACUGACCAAGAGAAUGGUGAGUAUGUGAGGCCGCUGCUGGGGU